GGAUUCGGCAUGAAUCAUCACUAUGGGGGAUUCAUUCUUCUUGGUGGUUGCAGUCUCGACCUUUGCCCUUGGUGUAAUUUUGUUCCUUGUAUCAAUAUCAAGUACCUCAUGGCAAGGCUUAGAAGAAGCUGCCACUAUAUCCCUGUGGAAAAUCUGCUACAAAAUGCACGUGGCAAAGACUUGGGCGUGUAACCCUUGGCAAGAGGUACCCGACUUUGUAAGGUCAUCACAAGCCUUCGUCAUCCUCUGCCUCAUGUGCUAUGUCGUCUGCAGCAUCAUUCUCACAGCCGCAUUCGUCUUACGGUGUCUCCAUAGAUCCCGACUCGCGCUAAUAGUCCUAUCCCUGCUCACCUUUACUUCCGCUUGCAUGAUCGCAAUGACUGUGGUGGUGAUGGGAAUGAAAGGGCGAGAUUACCUGCUGGCAAUGAAGGAAGACGAAGAGAAGAUUUACCGCUCUUUCCUCAACGGAAUAAUUAUCAAUGGCUACUAUCAAAUCGGCUGGGCAAUCAUUCUUGCUAUUGUUGCUUCAUUGAUCAACUACAUCAGUUUCGCAUUCUUCUUAUUGGAAUACAAGGACAUGACAGAUUUGCCGCGACCAACGAAAGUGUAGGAAAAAUUAAACAUAUGACUGCGACGCCAUUGACUUAGAUCUCUAAGAAAAGAAUUCGAUAUUAUAUAUUGCGCGCUGUUCUUGAUAUACUACCAAUAAUGCGUACUCUCUUUUUAUGUCCCGCAGUCUAUACUGGGGGAAAUAUUGUUUUGCCCUGUCUGUUUGUUGGUUUGUUUGCGUCAAACUUUAACAUUGGCCAUAACUUUUGCAAU